GGGCAGCAGCACCAAAAGGCACACGGCCACCUUUUGACCCCCUCUUCCAACGCGCAGACGGGCAGUGGCACCGCCUGCGGCAAGGACUCAAGUGCAAGGGGGCACGCUUGUCGACCCUCUUUUCCGACGCGGGCUCGGAGGUAGGAUAGGGAGGGGGAGGGUAUACCGGGGUGGUCUGGGCGUGGCGUGGGCAGGGGUGGACGCGGGAGGAGGAACAGUAAGGGAAGGGAGGCAGGAAGAAGAAGAAGAAGAAAGGCAUCUUGUUCUCUCUCUUUCUUUCUCUCUCUCCCUGUCAUCCUCAUUCGAGCAGCUGUGACUCCGACUCCGGUCUAUCGCGAUGGGGCGCGUCAUCAGAGCACAGCGUAAGGGUGCGGGUUCCAUCUUUCGUUCUCACACUCAUCGCCGCGUUGGAGCGGCAAGGUUCCGCAGUCUCGAUUACUCCGAGCGCAAUGGAUACAUCAAGGGAGUGGUGACUGACAUCGUCCACGAUUCCGCCCGAGGCGCUCCCCUUGCUAGGGUUACCUUUCGUCAUCCUUUCCGCUACAAGCAUCAGAAGGAGUUGUUCGUGGCGGCGGAGGGUUUGUACACUGGCCAGUUUGUGUACUGCGGGAAGAAGGCGACAUUGUCGAUCGGAAAUGUCCUGCCUCUGAGGUCGAUGCCCGAGGGGUCCAUCGUGUGCAAUGUUGAGCAGAGGGUCGGAGACAGAGGGUCGUUUGCAAGGGCAUCUGGGGACUACGCCAUCGUUGUCAGUCAUAACCCUGACGCGGGCACUUGUAGGAUCAAGCUCCCCUCUGGCGCGAAGAAGGUCGUGCCGGCUGGUUGCAGGGCUAUGGUUGGACAAGUGGCUGGCGGCGGGCGCACGGAGAAGCCCAUGCUGAAGGCGGGAAACUCCUAUCACAAGUACAAGGUGAAGCGUAACUGCUGGCCUAAGGUCAGAGGUGUGGCGAUGAACCCCGUCGAGCAUCCCCACGGAGGAGGUAAUCACCAGCACAUUGGGCACGCCUCGACGGUCAGGAGGGACGCACCUCCAGGGCAAAAGGUCGGUCUCAUUGCUGCGCGGAGGACCGGUCGUCUGCGCGGGCAAGCUGUCACCAAAGAGAAGGCCAGCAAGGAUUAAGAAAAAGACGAGCAAGACGACGAAUUGCGUUCCGUUCCGUUCCGUUUCGUUCCUUUAUCCUUCUUUGGUUGGUGGCAAGAUUGCCGUCGGAGUUGCUGUCGUCGAAGCUCUUGACCGUCGUCUCUCUUCUCUCUUCUCUCUUCUGUUUUCUUCUCUGGCCGAUUUUGUGUCGAGGACGGAGAGUCGGAGAGUCCAUUUCAGCUAUAUCUUCUCUUAUAUAAAUGCAGGAUUUGUCUUCGACCACGAGGAAUGUAUGAGAAGUCUCGUCUUUUUUUGCCCGAUGUUUUUUUGUCGAGCAUGAUGAGCAGGAUUCGCGCGAGAGCAGCAGGGACAGGGAAGGAAAAAGGUCGUUUGUUCUGUUCUUUUGCCCUAAUUUUCUGUUGUCGAGCAUGAUGAGUAAGAUUGUUUUGUGAGGGACAGAGAAUUUUUUUUCGAGGGGACAGGGAACUCGCUGUCGGUGGAGAAGAGGUUCAGGAGGAGGACGGAACUUUGUGAGAUUUUCUGGAAAAAAAAGAAAAAAUAUCGCUGGCGAUUCAAAUGCUUUGGGGGACGAGCAAAGCUUUUCGAAAUGUGUGGAGGCCUUGCGGUGGUGGUGGUUGUCUAUUGAAAAAAAAACAGCAUUUUUUGUCUUGCUUGGGAAGAAACAGGUUCGUUGACACAGUCCGCGCAGCAUGUGUAUUAGGAGCCAUAGUGCGGGAAGGUGAAAAAGAAAUGGAACAGAUAUGCAGGAAACACGAGGGGUGGGGGAGAGAAUUCGGUUGGGGGGAAGGGAGGGGGUGGGGGGGGAGGAAGAUCACAUCAGGAAAUGAUGUUUUGAAAGAAAAGAGAAAAGAGAAAAAAAAGAGAAAAAAAAGAGAAAAAAAAGAGUUUGGACAACCACUGGGCAAGGUGCGUUUUGCUCCGAUUGUUGUACUUCAGACCGUUGAUUUUCGGGAUUAAUGGACGGACAGAAAAUCGUAAUCCAGGUAUAAGUUGAGUGGGGCGACGUUCCGAUCACAUUCUUAUGUGGCGUGAGCACUGCAUAUAGACUAUUUAGGGCAAGACCGAGGUAGGGUACUGAUAAGAUGCACCUGUAACUGUGUCAAGCGUGGUGUCAUGAAGUGACGAUAUAUGUGAUAUAUACCACGUGGGCGGCCUUGUACGCAAGAGGUUCUGAACAGGGGGAGUUGUAAGGAAGAAGAUUAAAAACGAAUUUAAGAUUUUUUUGCUUUUUUGGUUUUUUCGCUUAGGCGCUCUGAUAUCAUGUGACUAUAUAUGUGGAGUAUUACUGAUUAUUGUUGAUGAACAGAUCGAGAGUGAUACGUGCUUAAGCGAAGUGCAAUGCACGUGCGUGUAGGUGUGGCAAGCGUAGUACUCUGCUAUAGUUCGGUCUAUCUUCGAGGAUAGACGGAUCGAGAUUGAGCACCUGUAAGCGUGUAGUACCUUAUAGAUUGAAUUGCUGCCAGCUUAGUGCUGUACACGCACAUAACUGUGGGGUGCGACGUUGCAUAACUCACAGUAUAGCUGUUUGAUUAAACAGAGCGAGAGCGAGCCAAGUGUGUACUAGCGUAGUUGCUGUGUAGAUAUCCCUUUGCGCACUGAAAUUUAAUACCUAUGGCCGCAAAUUUAGGAGUGUGAGUGCUUUUACCUGGUUGAAGCCAGUGGGAUCCGACGACUACGGUGCAGAAAACGUCGAAGCUGCGCGCAGGAACAUCGCUAAAUAUGCCUAGAGGAGCGUAAUUGUGGCAAGCGUAGCGCUGGAAAUAUACGAUUAUGACGACCGUCGUGCUGGCAUGCGCAUAACUGAAGUUAUAGACAGAUCGAGAGCUAUCCGUGACAAGCAUGUGUCUGAAGUGUUAAAUGUGGACACUGA